CAGACAAAUUCGCGAGGCGUAGGCGAAGGUGAUUGCUAUAAGGAGACACAUUAUGAGUUGAAGGCGCGUUUCCCUCUUCGCAACACGGACGGACGGACAUGGAGGGGAAAAUAUAUCUAGCGUCUUUGGCGCUUAUAGCGUUGAGCUACGGCGUUCAGGGCCAACGUUAUUACAACUACAACGCCCGGGGCUACGUUGGCCGCAACCUAUUCGAGCAUGGCCGCUCCAUCUCCGACGACCAGGUCCGCUGCGGCCCCAGCACUUGCGGGGUCGGCGCACACUGCACACACGGCAGUGUUAGACCUGUGUGCGCCUGCUUGCCUGGAUACUCCGGCGAUCCACUCUCGCAGUGUGUGAAGAUCGAAUGUGUCGGUAAGUUUUGGUGUUCAGGGGUCGGGGCAGAUUGAACACACGGCAGUGUU